AUGAUAUCACCAUCAUUAUUUACAAUUCGUCCAAAUUUCGUUUUUGAUAAAGCUAUAAAUUGGUUUCCAGGCCAUAUGGCUAAAGGAUUAAGAGUAAUUUCUGAAAGAUUAUCAGGUGUAGAUGUAGUUGUUGAAUUAAAAGAUCGAAUUAUAGUUUAUAAUAAAGCAGAUUUGGCUGAUGAAAGUGCACAAGCGGCAAUAACAAAUGCAUUUAGAGAAUAUUGUAAACAGCGCGUAAUUUUUACAGAUGCCAAUACGGAUAAGAAUGUAAAGAUGAUAAUCAACUUUGCAGCAAAUAAAGCAGUAAAAGAACCAGAAAAAUAUCCAUAUGUCACUGUUAUGGUGGUUGGGAUGCCAAACGUUGGAAAAUCAUCUUUAAUUAAUUCUAUGAGAAGACUUGGUAUACAUAAAGGAAAUGCAGCAAAGACUGGUGCUUUACCGGGUGUGACAAGAUCCGUUUCCGCUACGUCAAUUAAAGUAUUGGAAGACCCAACAGUUUAUUUGAUCGAUACCCCCGGUGUUAUGAUACCUCAUAUUACUGAUCCUGUAGCUUCCCUAAAAGUCGCAUUGACAGGUGGCAUCAGAGACCAUUUAUCAGAUGAAGAAGUUAUGGCGGACUAUUUACUUUGGAGAUUAAAUAAUUUUGGAAACUUUAGGUAUUUACACUCGAUUGAAGCUCUACUUCCGAAAAUUUCGAAACGUAUUGGCGCAUUACAAAAAUAUGGUGAAUAUGAUUUAAAUAAAUCUGCAAUGUUUUUCAUUAAACAAUAUAGAAAUGGCAAGUAUGGUAGGUAUACGUUAGAUGACGUAUCGCCUGAAGGUUUAAAAACCUAUUUUACGGGAGGUGGUGAUUCAGACAAAGAUGUAAUCAUGAGUAAGAAUCAAAAGAAAAAGUUGGAAUGGGAAAAGAUCACGGAGAAAAGAUUGAAUAGGUGGAAGAAACAGGGUUAUUUAACUGGAAAAGGUAAACAGGGCGUUCAAGGUUUUAAAAAAGGUUAG